AUGAAUACACUGUUAGUUGAACGUUCCAAAGCAAGUGAUCAUCCAAAUGAUGUUAUUAAAUACGGUGCACUCAUAUUAUUUACAAUAAUACAUGAACUUGGGCAUUGGUCGUUUCAUCAUUUUGCCUGCAAUAUGGAUCAUGAUUUAGCAGCACCGAAAGGAGUGUUAAUGGAAGAAGCUGGUGAAGCAAUUGAAUUUCUACUUUUUGGAUUUCGUAUUCAACAUUACGGUCCUGAACUUCCAAAAUUUAUGAUUGAUGAAGUUGUCAUAAAAUUCAAUAAAGGCUAUCGUAUUAUUCCAUCGGAUUAUCUCAAGAAAUUAUUUCAAGAAAUUACCUAUACAAAUGUAAAAGAUCAGCUCUCCCUCAAAAUAUCGAUCAAAGAACUACGAGAAACAAUUGUACUUAAUGAAGAACUAAUGAAAUUUAACUUAAAAAGAGUAUUUGAUCCAACAGAUGAACCAGCAUUACACGUAACAACAACGGGAGCUUUGAUUCAAAGUGGGAAACGUAUAUUUGAUUCGCGUGACAAGGAUUAUUAA